AUGUGGUUACUGAUGCUCCAUUUUAAUAUCUUCAUUUUUUCUUUGGAUCCUUAUUGCACUCUGCAGAACAAUUUGGGGCCUGGGUUCAUUGCUGAUGGAGACUUUAUUAUUGGGGGUAUUUUCCCCUUUCACUCCGAACAAGAAAUGCCAGAUUUGAACAUGACAUAUAAGCCCGGACCAGUGAAGUGUAAUGGGUUUGAUCCCAGAGCUUUCCGCUGGGCUCUGACCUUGAAGCUUGCUGUGGAGGAAAUUAACAACAGUACUGAACUGCUGCCGAACCACACUCUGGGCUAUGAAAUUUUUGAUUCCUGUGCAUACCCAUUAACAGCUCAGAGAGCAUCUCUGGCUGUUAUGAAUGGACCAAACGAAGCACACAAACCCAUGUGUUCGACUGCUAGUCCACUGUUAGCUGUUAUUGCUGAAUCUGGAUCAGCCGAGUCAACUAUUGUUUCUAGAGUUUUACAACUUUUCAGGAUUCCAAUGAUCAGCUACUUCUCAUCAUGUGCUUGCCUUAGUGACAGACGAGAAUUCCCCACCUUUUUUAGGGUCAUCCCCAGUGAUGCAAACCAGGUGAAAGCCAUUGCCAAGCUGCUGAUACAUUUCAACUGGACAUGGAUAGGUAUCGUGCGAGGGGAUCAUGUAUAUGGCUACACCGCCUUGCAUGGACUGCUUCAGGCACUAGAGGGUACAAAAGUGUGCGUUUCCUAUCAGGAGAUGAUUCCCCUAUUAUACAACAGCAAGAGAGGUAUAGAAAUAAUCCGUGUGAUGAACAGCUCCAGUGCUCGAGUGGUAGUGGUGUUUUCAGCUCAGGGGGAGCUCACACCAUUUAUAAAGGACUAUAUGAAGUUGAACAUUACUGGAAUUCAGUGGAUUGCAAGUGAAGCCUUGGCAACAGCCUCAGUGUUCACAGGAAGUGAGUAUUACCCCUUCCUGGGAGGCAUGAUUGGGUUUGGGGUACGGGAGGGCUAUAUUCCAAAGCUGAAGGAGUAUCUAUCAACGGUGAAUCCUGAAAGAUAUCCCUCUAACCUCCUGGUGCAGGAACUAUGGGGUGCUCUUUAUGGGUGUGCUCCUUUUGCCACGUUUACCCAAAGUACCCAGUUACCCCUUUGUACUGGGCAGGAGACACUCAACAAGCAACAUUCAGCCUACAUGAAUGCAUCAAAUCUUCGCAUUUCUUAUAAUAUAUAUAAAAGUGUGUACGCUAUUGCUCAUUCCCUUCACAGUCUUGUUUCCUGCAAACAUGGAAAUGGGCCAUUUACCAACUCCACAUGUGCUGACAAUAGUAAUGUCUACCCUUGGCAGCUCCAGUAUUACCUGCAAGAAGUCUCAUUUACUAUUUCAGGAGAGUUGGUAAAAUUUGAUAUGAAUGGUGAUUCAAUCCCAUACUAUGAUCUGAUCAACUGGCAGAAGGGCACGGCUGGCAAUAUUGAACUGAUUAAAGUGGGCAUGUAUGAUGGGGCUCGUAAAGGGAAUGAGCUGAUCAUUUACAACAUGAAUAUUACAUGGGCUGGAGACAAACAUGAGGUGCCAGUCUCUGCUUGCAGUACCAACUGUCCUCCAGGAUUUAGGAAGGCUUUCCGUAAAGGGGAGCCUUUGUGUUGCUUUGACUGUGUACUAUGUGACAGUGGCAAGAUUAGUAAUCAGACAGAUUCAAUAGAUUGUGUGGCCUGUCCAGAAGAUUAUGGGUCUAAUGCAGAUGGAACAGAAUGCAUUCCCAAGGUCAUUGAGUUCCUUUCCUAUGACGCAAUGGGGUUAACUCUGAUCAUUAUUGCUAUUUUAGGGGCUUGUAUCACUUUAGCAGUAUUUGCAGUCUUUCUUUAUUACAGACACACUCCCAUUGUGCGUAUGAACAACUCAGAGCUAAGUUUCUUCAUCCUUUUAUCUUUGACUCUGUGUUUCCUGUGUGCAUUGAUCUUUAUUGGAGAGCCCACAUCCUGGUCAUGCAUGCUACGUCACACUGCUUUCAGCAUCACUUUCUCGCUCUGCAUUUCCUGCAUUCUGGGUAAAACCUUAGUGGUUCUUGCUGCUUUCACAGCCACCCAACCUGGAAACAAUGUGAUGAAAUGGCUUGGACCUACACAGCAGAGGAUCAUCAUCUUUAGUUGUACCCUGGUCCAGAUGUUCAUCUGUGCUGCAUGGCUUAUAUUCUCCCCUCCAUUCCCUUAUAAAAACACACAAUAUCAGCGCUCUAAGAUAAUUUUAGACUGCAGAGUGGGAUCUGAGCUGGCCUUUUGGUGUGUGCUUGGCUACAUUGGGUUCUUGGCUUGUUUGUCUUUCAUUUUGGCCUUUCUGGCUCGACAAUUACCUGGAAAUUUUAAUGAAGCAAAAUAUAUUACUUUUAGCAUGUUAAUAUUUUGUGCAGUGUGGCUGGCAUUUAUACCUGCCUAUGUAAGUUCACCUGGUAAAUUUACUACUGCAGUUGAAAUAUUUGCUAUUUUAGCAUCUAGCUUUGGACUUCUUUUAUGUUUAUUUGCUCCAAAGUGUUAUAUUAUACUACUUAAAGCUGAAAAUAAUACCAAACAACAUCUUAUGGGUAAAUGA